CUGAAAUAAACGAGUGUGCGGGCUGCUCGCCUCAAGCCCGCUUUCACCCGACUCCCGGGGUCUGUGUGGUGACUCCGCGCCUCUCGCCCCCACCACGCUGUUCCUCUCAGAAACUAAUCCACUGCAACAUUGUUGAGAAAUCAACGGCAACACACUACUUUGUGAAAAACUUCAACAAUGGUAGUGGAGUAAAUGAGGAUGAAGGGUUUACAGGAACAGUGGAAGUCAGAAGAAAAUAAGGACCAUGUUGUACCACAGAAGCCAAGUGAGAAGGGCAAUGCAAAACCAACCAUGGAGCAACAGGAAGAUACAGGAAACAACGGGAGAGACCAAACUAAAGAUGCCAGCAAGAACCCCAGAAAACACUGCAGAAAACUGUCAUGACCGGAGGCGGGGCUCACAGCCUUACCAGGAGGUGAAAGUCCUAAACUCAGUACAAGAAGGUUAUUCUUCUUUGAGCUCACCUUCAUGUGUCCUUUGGUGCCAUCAGAACCCGGGAGUCAAUGUCUGGGCUCUGGUGGCAGCUGUCGUGCUCCUGUCCAGCAGUGUGAAUGACAUCCAGAAACUGCUCUUCUGCCUCAGGAGACCCAGUUCUACAGUGACCAUGCCAGACAUCACUGAGACCUUGUACUGCAUAGCUGUGCUGCUGUAUGCCAUGAGGGAGAAGGGGAUUAACAUCAGCAAUAGAAUCCACUACAACGUUUUCUAUUGCCUGUAUCUUCAGGAAAAUUCCUGUGCUCAGACCACAAGAGGUAAAGAGGAGCCAUCUGUUUUGCCAGGCAAGAAAACAACCAUCCAACUUACACAUGAACAACAACUGAUUCUGAAUCAUAAGAUGGAACCUCUCCAGGUGGUAAAAAUCAUGGCCUUUGCAGGCACGGGGAAGACCUCUACCCUUGUCAAGUAUGCAGAGAAGUGGUCUGAGAGCAAGUUUCUCUAUGUGACAUUCAACAAGAGCAUUGCAAAACAAGCUGAACUUGUCUUCCCCAGCAAUGUCACCUGCAAAACCUUUCAUUCCAUGGCCUACGGACACGUUGGACGGAAAUACCAGUUGAAGAAGAAGUUGAAUCUAUUCAAGUUAACACCCUUCAUGGUCAAUUCUGUUCUUGCUGAAGGGAAAGGCGGAUUCAUAAGGGCCAAGCUAGUGUGUAAGACUUUAGAAAACUUCUUUGCCUCGGCUGAUGAAGAGCUGACCAUCGAUCAUGUGCCUAUUUGGUGUAAGAACAGCCAAGGACAAAGAGUCAUGGUGGAACAGAGUGAGAAACUGAAUGGUGUCCUUGAAGCAAGCCAACUCUGAGACAACAUGGGGAAGCUAGGGGAAUGCAAAGAGGAGGCUUACCAAAUGACUCAUGAUGGAAACCUCUUCAUCAAAGACAGAUUUAUCAGAAGAUGGGUACACAAAGAAGGCUUUAGUGGCUUCAAGAGAUACGUGACGGCCGCCGAGGACAAAGAGCUGGAAGCAAAGAUUGCAGUGGUUGAAAAGUAUAACAUCAGGAUUCCAGAACUAGCAGCAAGGAUAGAAAAAUGCCAUAUAGAAGAUUUGGACUUUGCAGAGUACAUUUUGGGCACUGUGCACAAAGCCAAUGGCUUGGAGUUUGAUACUGUGCAUGUGUUAGAUGAUUUCGUGAAAGUGCCUUGUGCCAGGCAUAAUCUUGCCCAGCUACCCCACUUCAGAGUUGAGUCAUUUUCUGAGGAUGAAUGGAAUUUACUGUAUGUUGCAGUAACUCGUGCUAAGAAGCGUCUCAUCAUGACCAAAUCACUGGAAAACAUUUUGACUUUGGCUGGGGAGUACUUCUUACAAGCCGAGCUGACAAGCAACGUAUUAAAAACAGGAGUGGUCCGCUGCUGUGUGGGGCAGUGCAACAAUGCCAUCCCUGUGGACACUGUGCUCACCAUGAAGCAACUCCCCAUCACUUACAGCAACAGAAAGGAAAACAAUGGUGGCUACCUCUGCCACUCCUGUGUAGAGCAGCGUAUUGGGCCUUUGGCAUUCUUGACUGCCUCUCCGGAGCAGGUGCGCUCCAUGGAACGCACCGUAGAAAACAUAGUGCUGCCCAGACACGAAGCCCUGCUCUUCCUUGUCUUCUAAGGCUGGGACAAGCAUUCUCCGUGGUGCAGGGUAGCUUGCCACACGUGGACUCCACCUGCUGACAGAAGUCUGUGGGGUGGGCUCUCACUCUCCUGAGACUCUGAAUGCAAUCACAGAGCAUUUUCUGAGGAAGAAGAAACCAACCAGACUUGGACCUGCCAUUUCUGCAUUCCCUACAGCUAGCCAGUUUCCAUUUGCCUAUCCUCUGUCUGUAUCAGGUCAGGGAAGAGGAGGAGGAUCUUUUGAUAAAAAACAAAAACAAAAACAAAAACCUUUUAUGUAUUUAAACUUUUAUUACAGGAUUUCAAUUAAACGGCAUUGCAGCGCUGGCAUGCCACUGUGA